AUUUUUGAAUUUAAAAUGCAUUUUAUAUUCUCUUUAAAGAACACUGCAUUAUCAAAUAUAUCGUAUAUUCUUCAAAAACAAAACAGUAGAUCUAUGAAGAUAAUGACUAUAAGAGAAGCAUUAAAUUCAGCUAUUGAUGAAGAAUUAGCACGAGAUUCAAGAGUAUUUAUUUUAGGAGAAGAAGUUGCACAAUAUGAUGGUGUUUACAAAAUAACAAGAGGUCUUUGGAAAAAAUAUGGUGACAAAAGAGUAAUUGAUACUCCUAUAACAGAAGCUGGAUUUUGUGGCUUAGCUAUUGGAGCAGCACUUGCUGGUCUAAGACCAAUAUGUGAAUUUAUGACAUUUAAUUUUUCAAUGCAAGCUUUGGAUCGAAUUGUAAAUGGUGCUGCUAAAAAUUUAUAUAUGACUGGAGGAAAAUUUUCUGUACCCAUUGUUUUUCGUGGUGCAAAUGGUAAUGCUAAAGGUGUAGCAGCACAACAUUCUCAAUGUUUUGUAGCAAUGUACACACAUAUACCUGGCUUGAAAGUUAUGUCUCCAACAACUUGUGACGAUUAUAGAGGUUGCUUCAAAGCUGCUAUUCGAGAUCCUGAUCCAGUUGUAAUGUUAGAAAGUGAAAUGAUUUAUCAUAUUCAAUUUCCUACAUCAGAUGAAGCUAUGGAUAAAGAUUUUACCAUACCUAUUGGUAAAGCUAAAAUCGAAAAACCUGGUAAACAUAUUACUUUAGCUACACAUGGUUUAGCUGGUGUGCAUACAUUGAAAGCAGCAGAGCUUCUGGCAGGAGAAGGAAUAGAAGCAGAAGUGGUUAAUUUACGUUCUCUUAGACCAUUAGAUUGGGAUACACUUUUUAAAUCUAUUUCAAAAACACAUAGACUUAUGACUAUUGAAUUAGGAUGGCCUACAUGUGGAAUAGGUGCUGAAAUUGUAGCAAGAGUUAUGGAAAAUCCAGUAUUUUUCCAACUUGAUGCACCAGCUAUACGUUGCACAGCUAUUGAUGUACCUACACCAUAUUCAGAAAAUCUUGAAUAUGAAAGUUUACCAAAAGACCAUCAUAUUGCAGAUUUUGCUAAAAAACUUUGUGGUGUAGCAAAAAUAUAACUUUAUUAAUUUAAUUAAUUUAAUUAAUUCAUAA